AUGGAGGACUAUCGCCGCUCGACAUGCGACCACCUCCUCGAAACGGCCACCAGCGAUGCAGAAUCGGAGAUCGACCAGCCUGCGGUAUCCGACGGGCUGCUUGGGAAAGGGCAAGACGAAGCUGAUGAAGAGGAAGAUGUGUACCAGGCGGCCUUGCAGAGAGACAAGCAGAUGAGACGGAGGGCGUUCUUCGUUCGAACUGUAGCCUUACUCUGUGCAUGCUGCCUGAGUGUUGGUGGUCACUAUGCAUCCAACAUCCUCGGUCCUCUGAAAAGCCGGAUUCAAAGGGAAUUGGGAGCAACCCACACCGAGUACGGGCUGCUCCUGUCGGCCUACAGUCUGAACAGCACCUGGACCCCUUUGGUAGGAGGUGUGCUUGCAAGUCGACUCGGAACGACGAUUACGAGUAUCCUGGCUACUGGCGUUAUCCUGCUAGGACAGAUCUUUCUGCUCCUGGGAGAUAUCUGGGGAAAUAUUCGCCUCAUGGCAUUGGGUCUGUUCACAUUUGGCCUCGGUAUUAGUCCAUUGGCUGUGGUACAAGAAACCAUUAUUGUUCGGUUCUUCAAGUCCCAUGGUUUGGGUGUCUCCAUGGCUUUCGGCCUGAUAGCAGGCAAAGGUGCCUCCUUCGUCGCAGCCCGGACGACAUACCCCCUCACGGAACACUUCGGCACUCGCGCUCCUUUUUUUGUGGCAACAUCCCUUGCGGCCCUCUCUGUUCUUAUCAACCUGUUGUACAUCUCUCUCUCUCGGUGGUUGAUCGACGGUGCUGGUGCAGAGCUGGAGGUCCCUGACAUCAGUGACGAAGCUCGACGACGACAGUCUGUCAGCAUCUCGGAGGCCCAAGCCUUGGAAAAAGUAGCUGAAAAGCGCAAGGUUCAUCUUCGUCAGGUAACCAAGCUCGGAGACGUCUUCUGGGCUUAUGUUGCCUUGAAUUUAUUCUGCGGAACGAUUUGGGCACCCUUCAUACAUCUUGCUGCGAACCUCAUUCAAAAACGAUACAACAUGUCAGAGGAGGUUGCGGCCUAUAAUGCUUCAUAUCUUCUCGCCGGCCCUCUUCUUCUGUAUCCCCUGUGCGGCUACUUGGUCGACAAGAAAAAGCAACAACCUAUUGUGAUCCAGCUUCUCCUGCUUUCAUCGACGCUAACCCUCCUUGGAUACAUCUGGUUCGCACUCCCUGCCAGCUGGACGUCGACGCCUCUACCAGGUAUAUUUUCUUACGCCUUUGGACACGGCUUCGCUCCUUUGCUCCUUGUUGUCAUUGUCCCAAAGAUCGUUCCUUUGAAAUACAUCUCCACGGCACUCGGUGUUCAUAAGAGUAUUGAACAAACUGGAUCCACACUAUUUCAAACUCUCGCCGGCGUUGUACUGGAUUCAAAAAAGAAGGAGGGACACCAAGCAACACGAACUGCGUUCCAGUAUCUGCUUAAUGCUCUCGUAGUCCUCAACGUAUUGCAGUUCGCCACCAUUUUAAUUUUGGCAUAUCUGCAGCGCCAAAAGGAUCUUGCUUACCUGAAAACACACUCACUACUUGCGACGUCCGUCUCAGCCUUAGAUGACUCAUCGACGACCUCUUCUCCACGCCAUUCACGAAGGUUUAUAGACCAAGAAACACCUCUUCUAGCUCACACUCGGUCUAGUCAGUAUCUGUCUGUUGACGCAGGUAGCUCGUUUAUCAGGCCAAGAUCCCCACGACCCUCGACGAGAAACAAGGCAGAGAUGAAACGAGGCCAAUUUUUGGCUAUGUUCUGUGCCUGCUUGACAUUCACUGCGUGGAUCUUAUUCAUGACAACCGCUUGGUUCAAGUUGGGAGGUAAGAAGGAUGGACAUUGA